AUGGUCUCUCAAGCUCGGAUUGUCGAUCGCACCGCGACGACGCAAAGUGCCACUUCCUUGGUAUCGCGUCCCUCAAACUCCAGACGCCACCGUUCCGGUCGCUCGCACCAUGGCGGCUCCUCGCAUUCCUCGAACGAUUUCCCCAUCUUCACGUAUACGGGUGACACGGAGGUCGUGAUUCGCGCCGGGUCGCAAGAACGGCGCUACCUGCUGCACCGCUUAAUAUUGGCACAAUGCUCGGGGUAUUUCGAGGCAAACACCAACGAAGACUGGUCGCGCCAGACUGCGCCAGGACGAGCCAAGCCAGAUGGCACUCUGUCGCGGGUAAGCGAAGAGGAUGAUCUAUCCAGCGGAUCGACACUGGCGCCGUCGGAUCAUGGGUUAUCAUCGUCGCGGCCGGACGAGAAGAGGCGCUGGAGAUACGAGCUGGACUGGGAGAAUCGCGCCGAAGAUGAAGAGGCCAUUCUCAUGCAGAAGCGACCAAGCUAUGCGCCCAUGUAUAGCAGCGACCAAGUCGCCCACCCGCCCACGAUGACCAAGCCCUCCAACGCCCAGGCAGGCUUCUUCCGAUCCAUGGCGAACCUCACGGGAAUGCAAUCAGUAGCCCAUCUACCGCCGACGACAGAACAUGGAUCCGGGGUCGACCCAUUGAUACGCGAUUAUGACAACCUACUACGAAUCUUCUAUAACCACCCACCCACCCUCAACAGCGUGAACAUCGCCUCCGCAUACACCGAAUGCAAAGCCCUCCUCGCACUCGCGGAUAUGUACGACGCGCUCCUAGUGACUGGCCCGCGCGUAGAUCACCACCUCCUCGGCUUCGGAUCUCGUCUCUUCAAGCAAAUCGGCAAAUACCCGCCCAGCUACCUCAAGCUAGGCUACCUAGCCCGCAGCCGGGUGAUCUUCUCCGAAGCCUUAAUCCACGUCGUCGGCCAGUGGCCCGCAGCUCUCCCAAGCUUGCGCAACGGCUCCUACGCGCCUCUCCCAGACUCCGUCUUCGAUCUCAUCGAGGACAAAGUAGAGGACCUGGAGGACCUCAAAGCCCGGGUGGAAUACAAACUCCUACGCCUAUCUCUAAGAACCUCGCGAGGCGAACGUGUCGGGCCCUCAAAUGCAUACCUGGACUGGCUAGUCGUGUCUCUAUUCCGUCAAUGGCUGAUAGAAAGCACGACACCACCUCCAGCGCCAAUCCUCAAGAACUCUUCAGCACCAAACGAACCCUCCUCACAGCCCGCCCCAUCAGCCUCACACCCAACAAGCUCGUCAAGAUCAUCUGUCCCAGCCGACGAGUCCGCGCGCAUCUAUAGAUUGAUCGGGUCUUCCAGUUCGCAAGCAUAUCUAGCCCACGACGAGCUCAAGCAGUUCCUCAAACUCCAUCCAACCCCAUCCUCUGGCUCGCUGUACACGCGCGAGACGUUGAAACGCUUCGAGCGUAAGAUGGACGAGAUGAAACGACUUGCUCGGGAUAUUGUCAAGCCGCUCAUGCGCAACUUUCUUGAACAGGAGCUGAAAGCGCCCGCCGAUUCCACGGGUGGCGCUGCUGCUGGUUCUCGUGAGGGUAGUUCUGCUGGUCUGCCGUAUUUGACGUGUACUCGCGUCGAAGAGAUGGACUUGCCGUGGACGUGA